AUGAACCACGCCCGAGUCAAGGCCCUCAAGGGCAGCAAGACCGUCUCCCGCAAGGCCGUCAAGUCCGGGCGCGCCUCGGGUGCCGUAACGCCGCAAGGAGCCAGCUCUCCGAUGGCCUCUCUGCUGACGUCGCCCACGCACUCGACCACGCACAGUCGUCCGGCGUCCGACAGCGACUCAGACGGCAGCGACUUUGAACUCGACGACAUGAUGUCGAGCAUCCACUCGGCCGACUCGCUUGACACGCCCGCAGAUGACGGCGCGACCGGCCCCGCGCUCGACACGGACGCCCUCAUCCAGGCCAUCCAGGACCGCAAGCACAACAACACCGAACUCCGCGAGCAGUACCUCGACGCCUUCAUCCGCUUCAUGCGCACUCGCUACUCCGAGGACACGCACCUCUGGCUUGACGGCGCCGCCGCUGCGCUGACCGACGCGCUCCUCAAGGGCGCCAACCGCGGCGACUCGCCCCGCGAGCGCCUGCUCAGCCUGCAGGCCUACUGCAUCACGCUCGGCACCGUCGAGGAGAUGGACGUCUACGAGGGCGCCGCGCGGGCCCUCAAGCAGAUCCUGCUCGACGACGACGACGAUGCCUGCCGCGUGUGGGCGCUGCACGCCCUCGCCAUGAGCGUGCUGUACGGCGGCGGCGCGGAGGAGGCCGCGCUAGAGACGAUGGAGUACCUCGUGGACAUUGUCCAGAGCGACGGCGACAGCAUCGAGGCGCACGACAACGCCGCCAUCGUGUCCGCGGCGCUGCUCGCCUGGGGCUUCGUCGCCGCGCACGUCGACGACUACGCCGACUACGCCGACGCCGCCAUCGACGCCUUCACCGACCAGCUCGACAGCUCCGACGUCGAGGUGCAGUCCCACGCGGCCAUGUGCGUCGCCCUCGUCUACGAGUCCUCGCGCGCGCACGAGGCCGAGACCGGCAAGCCCUUCCAGCUGCAGUACGACCCGCAGCGCCUCGUCGGCCGCAUCGCGGAGCUCGCCCGCCUCAGCGCCAAGUCGUCCUCGCGCCGCUCCCGCCGCGAGCUCCGCGAGGCCCUCGUCAGCGUCGUCACCGCGCUCGAGCGCGGCGUCGGCCCCUACUACUCGACCGCGCUGUACGUGCCGGAGAAGGACGAGCGCGUCCCGCCCGGGCAGCGCACCGAGGACGGCCGCGCCGAGUACGGGUACCGCUACAAGCUGCGCCUGCAGAACAGGGCCGCCAAGGUGGACACCUGGUCGCUGUACUUUCGCGUCACCGUCAUGAAGCUGCUCUUCCGCGGCGGCCUCGACAAGCACAUGUUUAUCAACCCGGUCGUGUCGGAGUGCCUGGAGGACGCCAACUUUGCGCAGGAGUACUCGGCCGAGGAUGCCAAGCGGGCUCGCAAGAAGUAG